CGCUCCACCCCGACGCAUAAAAACCCUAGACGAAGCCGCGCCGCCAGCCUCUCCACCUCCCUUUCCCCCGGCAGCAGCGCAGCGGCGGCGGCGGCGGCAAGAUGGCGGUCGGGAAGAACAAGAGGAUCAGCAAAGGGAAGAAGGGUGGAAAGAAGAAGACCGUCGAUCCCUUCGCCAAGAAGGACUGGUAUGACAUCAAGGCCCCCUCUGUGUUCUCCGUGCGCAACAUCGGGAAGACUCUCGUCUCCAGGACUCAGGGUACCAAGAUUGCUUCAGAGGGUCUCAAGCACCGUGUGUUUGAGGUUUCCCUUGCCGAUCUUCAGAGUGAUGAAGAUCAGGCCUACAGGAAGAUCCGUCUCCGGGCUGAAGAUAUCCAGGGUCGUAAUGUCCUUACCAACUUCUGGGGUAUGGAUUUUACGACCGACAAGCUUCGGUCCCUGGUCAGGAAAUGGCAGACACUGAUUGAGGCCCAUGUUGAUGUGAAGACCACUGACAACUACAUGUUGCGGUUGUUUUGCAUCGGAUUCACAAAGAGGAGACCCAACCAAGUGAAGCGUACCUGCUAUGCACAGGCCUCCCAGAUCCGUCAGAUCCGCCGGAAGAUGGUUGAGAUCAUGGCCAACCAGGCCUCUACCUGUGACCUGAAGGAGUUGGUGUCUAAGUUUAUUCCUGAGGUCAUUGGUAAGGAAAUUGAAAAGGCUACCUCAAGCAUCUUCCCACUGCAGAAUGUUUUUAUCCGGAAGGUCAAGAUCCUCAAGGCCCCCAAGUUUGACCUCGGGAAGCUAAUGGAGGUCCAUGGUGACUAUACCAAGGAGGAUGUUGGUGUCAAGCUUGAGAGGCCUGCUGAGGCUGAGGAGGCCGUGGUUGGCCAGGAGGCUGCUGCAGCUGAGUAGGAUAGUUAAUCAUCGUAUUUUGCUAUAUUUGGAAGAUAUAUGUACUGUCACCUGUUGAGGUGUUUAUGUGCCUUUCGGAACAAUUUGUCUGAGAACCGGUGGGCGGCUUAUUUUGGCUAUGUGGUAGUUCUUGUCUGAAAACAAGUGUUUAAGUUUAUUCGUUUGUGGUUAUCUGGAUCCUAAGUUUUGGUGUCAUCUUCGUGGUGUUCAA